UUCAGUUUUGUUUCCCAACUGAGCCUCCAAAGAUCUGCUGAAGGGCGAACGCCUUCACACAGCCCACUCCUGUCAAAUCUCAUUGCACAACCGGUGAGACUCGGUCAGGAACCUGAGACCACGCGGGGAAGGGCCCCAGAGUCUUGUGAGUCCCAGCCUAGCACAGGAGACGUUCCCAGCCUGCGGAGGGAGGGGAAGAUGCAGCUCCCCAAGAUCUCUGUGGGGCCCAUCCUGUGGCUCGCCAGCUGGUGCCUCCUUGCUGCAGGUCACCUUCCAGUGCAGGAAGAACUCUGGCAGCCCUGCUCACAGCAGUCGGGCUCCACAAAUUGCCCCCACCCCACAAAAUCAGUCACGUUGGUGCCCUCAUUCACCAAAACCCCCCGCCCAACCCCCCACCCCACCACCCACCCCCAAAAGCACACCACAACCCACCACCACCACCACCACCGCACCACCACCACGCUGCCCACCAACCAGACCGUGACGUCCCACCACCCCACGGACCCCACCCAACGACACACCACCACACGUGAGAAGCACACCACGACCCAGCACCACCACGCCACCACCACGGCCCCGGCCAACCGCACCACCCACGCCACCACGGCUCCCAGCAACCAGACUGUGACGUCCCACCACCCCACCACCCACCACCACACCAUUGCCCCACAACCAACGGAGCGGCCGGUUGUGCUCGUGGGAAAUUACAUUGUCAGGAAAGGAUCCACCGUCUGUCUGCGGGCAGAAAUGGGGCUGCAGCUGCAGGUGCGCUACGCAGGCAAAGCGAAGCAGGAACUCUGGGGAGCCUUUCCUGUGCAGCCCAACCGCACCCACAUCUCCGGGACAUGUACUAACAAGACAGCCAUGCUGGAACUGCGUUUCCCAGAAGGCUCCAUUCUCUUCGUUUUCAAAAAGGAUGAAACCAAAAACACAGCUUACCUGGGUCAGGUGCAGGCAAAUCUGACGUACCAGUUCCCCCAGGCUACAGAGAGGUUCUUCAGUGCCAAUAACGCCUCCCUCCGGGAGUUUGCGGCCCCCCUGGGGAAAUCCUACCAGUGCCGCAACCGCAGUGUGGCCCUCAGCGGGAGCUUCCGCCUGAAUGCCCUGCAACAGCGUGUCCAGGCCUUCCAGCUGCGAGGGGAAAAGUUUGGGGAAGCGGAGGUCUGUCCCGAGCAGAGCAAGUCCAUCGUCCUGCCCAUCGUCAUAGGAGUGGUCCUUUGCCUUCUCAUCCUGAUUGUCUUGGUGGCUUUCGCCGUGGGACGGUGGCGAGCCCACACGGGCUACCAGUCCCUGUGAGAACCCUCGGCACGCACUCCAUCGAGCUGCAGCUGGACUGGCGGACCAGGAACUGGGCUCGGGGCUCCCUGGCCUCCUGCGAGAGCUGCCAAAGGACAGAAACGCAAAGACGGGAUCCCCUCGAUUACUGCUCCUCCCCCGGCUGCUUACCCUGCUCUUCCUUGGACUGCGAUUCGCACACAGCACCUUCCGGGGAUCCCAGCUUUUAAAAAAUCCGUCUUGCUGGGGGGGGAGGGGGGAGAGGCGGGAUGUUAAAUAAGUACAGAUACUAAUAUUUUCAGAUCUGGCCAAGAAGGGGAAAAGGAAAGGGCACAUGAUGCGUGAGGCUCUGGCUGGGUGGAGAGGGAUGUCAACAUGCAGGAAGUUUUUCCCCCCAAGGAGGAACAAGCAGCGGCAACAGAACUCCGACUUCUGCAACUGCGAGGGGCUGGCCGAGCCGAGGCUGCCUCCCAGCCUUUAGACAGCCAAUCUACAGAUGCUUUGAACUCAGUGUAAACCAACUGCAGCUUUCUCCAGAGUAAACAAACACCACAGUUUGGGGAGAGGUUUUGCUUUGACCGUGGAAACGGGAUCUGGGGCUUCCCACUCCGUGCCCAGCAAAUUGCAUCACCAGCUAAUUUCCCAUUAAAGGUCUUGAAAUGCCA